GCCCUCCUUAAAAGCCCUAGCCCUUUCUCAUUUUCGUAUACCCCAUUCGCAAUUUUCUCUUCUCCGAAAGCUCCAUCUUUGUUCUCUUUCAAAGCUCAUCCAACAUGUCUUGUUUCAGAGGCAAAUACGCUGAUGAGCUUAUUGCCAAUGCUGCCUACAUUGGAACUCCUGGAAAGGGUAUUCUAGCUGCUGAUGAAUCCACUGGCACAAUUGGAAAGCGUUUUGCCAGUAUCAAUGUUGAGAAUGUUGAAACCAACAGACGUGCUCUUCGUGAGCUUCUUUUCACUGCUCCUAAUGCUCUCCAAUACCUUAGUGGAGUCAUUCUCUUCGAGGAAACUCUCUACCAGAAGACAGCUGCAGGCAAGCCUUUCGUUGAUGUUUUGAAGGAAGGUGGUGUACUUCCCGGCAUUAAGGUUGACGUAGGCACUGUUGAGCUUGCUGGAACCAAUGGGGAAACCACAACCCAGGGUCUUGAUGGUCUUGCUGGCCGCUGCCAAAAGUACUAUGCAGCUGGUGCUCGCUUUGCUAAAUGGCGUGCUGUGCUCAAGAUCGGUGAUAACGAACCAUCACAGUUGGCUAUCAAUGAAAAUGCCAACGGAUUGGCUAGAUAUGCCAUCAUUUGCCAGGAGAAUGGUCUUGUGCCCAUUGUUGAGCCUGAGAUCUUGGUUGAUGGUUCUCAUGACAUCAACAAGUGCGCUGAUGUAACGGAGCGUGUUCUUGCUGCAUGCUACAAGGCUCUAAAUGACCACCAUGUCCUCUUGGAAGGAACCUUGUUGAAGCCCAACAUGGUUACUCCGGGAUCUAAAGCUGCAAAGGCUGCACCAGAAGUGAUUGCUGAGUACACCGUCCGUGCCCUUCAGCGUACAGUUCCUCCUGCAGUUCCUGCUGUGGUGUUCUUGUCUGGUGGACAGAGCGAAGAGGAGGCCACCGUCAAUCUCAAUGCCAUGAACAAACUCAAGGGAAAGAAGCCAUGGUCACUUUCUUUCUCCUUCGGACGUGCUCUGCAACAGAGUACCCUCAAGGCAUGGGCCGGAAAGGAUGAAAACAUCCCCAAGGCUCAGGAUGCUCUGCUCGUGAGGUGCAAGGCCAACUCUGAAGCAACUCUUGGAACUUACAAGGGUGAUGCUAAGAUCAGCGAGGGUGCCUCGGAGAGCCUCCACAUCGAUAACUACAAGUAUUGAUGAUGAGUUUUGGCUGGAUGUUUUGUUAGGGGAGAAAAAGAAAAAAGGUUGCGGUAUAUUGUGUUUGGAUUUGAUUCUGAAGAGGUAGCUAGCUCUCAUUUCUUCUAAUUCAUUGCUAAUAUCAAGUAAUGGGGUAGACAUUGGUAAUAAAGCAUGAGGAGCGUUGCCAUGUUAGGUCUUUUUUUAAACUAUUUUUUUCACAUUUCAGUUGGAACAACAACCGAAGAAUAUCUUCGUUUUGUGUUGUAAUUUUGCUUUUUUUCAUUGGUUAAUAACACCAUUUGUGGGUGGGAGUUUUAUUUUGAUGCAAUUUGAAUUUUGUAGUAAUUUUUCGAGGGUAAA